CUCAGUUUGUUCCGCUCUCUCGGCGCGGUGUAAGCGGCACCACGAAGCCGGCGAACGAAGCGCGAGCUGCGGUGCCGCGGCCCCAUGUCCAGCGACGCCGAGUGCGGGCCCCGGCUGAAGAUGCGAGCUUCCCCCCCGCGACAGGCCAACCCUAAGCUUGCGUCCGGAGUCGCGAUCGAGCGGAAGUGCGCGACAUGAGGGGACCUGCGCCUCUACUCUUGGCCUGCGGCUUUCUCCUGGGCCUCGCGACCUGUCAGACCCAAGGUGAGUCGCGAGAGGCUUCUUGGAAUACCGUUCAGCAAUCUCGAAGUAGCCGCGAUGAUGCAGAGUUUCUGGAACCCGCAUCGAAUCUUUAUCAGCAGCAGCAAAAGCAGCAGCAACAGCAGCAAGAGCAGCGGUCAGAAAGUGUAGAAUACUACGAUGAUGAAGAAUAUUACGACGAUGAUGUGCCUAUAGCCGGUUUAACGCAGGAAGGCGUUAGAGAGCCCAAGGUCGCGAAAUCCGACGAUGAACUCCCUGGAAGUAUAAAUGGUACGGCCGACGAAGAUUCGUACUAUUAUGUUGACGAUUACGAGGAGGAGGACGAAGCGGCGAGGCCGGGGAUGGCGGGGACGUCUGCGGCUGCUGCGCCGGUGGGAAUCGUUAAUGGGUCAGAGCUAGUGCAACAUCCGGAGAAGCUAGAAUCAGCUGAAAAAUCAACUAAAGCGACACCCAAGAGAGAAAAGGAUAAAGAGUUGACGAAGGAUAAAUGGGAGGAAGAGGAGGAGCAGUCGGAAGAUGAGAAUGAAGAAAAGGAGCCGGAAGCAACGAUAAGUCGAAUCUCAUCCGAUAGAAAGGAAACUCGGAGUGAGGCGGGAGGCGCGCGAUUGCCGGAGAAUGUUGACGAUCCGGUGGAUAACGAUGGUCCGAUUUUAAUCGGCGAGGCGAUCGUCUCCGUCGUGACGACCAAAAGUGUUGUCAACGGCACGUAUUCCUUGCCCGAAACUACGUUGAGCCCAACACCUACAACGAUAUUUAGCACAGAGAGAACCGAGCCGAUCUCCAGCUCCACUGGCACGACAACGCCGACGUCGACCACCACCACCGCCACCACCGCCACCACCAUCACCACCACUACCACAGAUACGAUCAACAGCAACAGCAGCAGUAGCAGCAGUAACCCAACGGCCGUGACUAUCACUGACGGGAAAGUGUCGUCCUCUUCGGAAUUUCCUCCUUCGUCAACAAUACAACCAGCCGUGCAGACGGGCCGCAGCGUCUCGGGCGCAAGAUUUUUGCCAUUCCCGUCCGUUGACAAGGUCGAGCAACUUGAUUCGACGGAGAGCAUCAUCGAUAAGCUCGAUCGAGUGCAGUCUGAGCUCUCGAGUGGAUUUCUAGCGAACGGACGGUACGUUGAGUUUAACGCUCUUUUCACACCGGAUGUGCCCUGGUUUGUACCACGACGCUAUAAUAAGAAACCAUUCUCGGCAACGUCUUUGACGCUACCAACGACUUCCACCAUCGCUCCGACAUCUUCUCCAAUCGCUCCCAUUACCAUCACAAGCAUUACGAAAAGACCAAGAGUCCUAACAACUCUCGACGACGUUGGAGCCUUCCUACCUAAGGAUUUCUCCCGCAGCUAUUAUCGGACGAGUACGACGGCAUCGCCUCUGACGAAGCGCCCGAAAAUUCAAACGACCUUGGAUGACAUGGAAGCCUUCCUGCCAAAAGAUUUUCCAAAGAACAGCUACCGCACAAGCACGCCGAGCAGUAGCACGACGAAGAGGCCUAAGCUACAAACGACGCUCGACGAUCUUGACGGCUUCCUCCCAAAGGACUAUCCCAAGUCCAACUAUAGAAAUUCUUUCAAGAGGCCCUUGCAUAAGACGUCGACGACUCUUAGUUCGACAUCGUCGACGACCGAGAAGAGUAGCGCAAACACCAAUAGCAAAGCCCUUACCACCAUUGAAGAUAUUAGCGCUUUCCUACCACCAGGGUAUAAAUUAAAAAAAGAAGAUAUAACUACAGAAAAGUCGUCAAUUUUGAGCGAACUUUUAGCAAAAAAUAAGCUUUCCGAAUCAAAAGAUGUUUCACCAAUUUCAUCAACAAUCAACGAGCGAACUAAAUCUAUUCAAGAUUUAUUUGUGAAAUCCGAAAUCGACAUUUCUGCCCUCCUACCUCCAGGCUAUAAGCCCGAAAACACAGAUGCCUCAAACUCCUCUAAAGCAAUAAAUAUAAGCGGCGGGAUACAGGACCUAAUAAGCAAAUCGAAUGUCGACAUAUCGGCGUUGCUGCCCCCGGGCAUUGGAAAUACCGAUGGGACUUUGGCAAGACAGCCGACCCCACUCGGUGCAAAAGGUGUCACUGCCGGUGGUAAUUCCUUUAAAGUCGUUUUUCCAAGUCGACCAGGCGGUCGCAAGUCGAUCAACAAAAUAACGACACCCCCGAGCGUGGCGAAUAAUCGAGGGAGCGGCGGCGGCGGCGGCGGCAGUGAUGCGGCCACGCCCCGUAUUCAAAAAGGCUGGCCGACGAGAGUAACGACAGAGUUCACUGGUUGGCCCUCGCCCCCCACUACGUCAAUCUCAAUAGAAAAGCUUCUGGAGGCAGCGCGAACCGCGACCGCCGCGUCUAUCAACGUGUCCCUACUACCGACCAUCAGCGAGACAACGAGCACUUCCACGACGACGACCACCACGACAACGACCUUAAGGCCAACGACGCCAGGAAUCUGCGAGGAAGACUGCGAGGUCGCCGGUACGAUAAAGAUCAUUGAAAACGCCACUUGGUUACCGGAGCUUUUCGAUCGGAAUACCAGGGAGUGGCAGGAUCUCGCCGAAGAGAUCGAGAGAGAGAUGAAUUUAGUAUUUGCGAAAUCUCCAGUUUUAAGGAAAUGGUUUCGUAAAAUUCGCAUAGACUCUUUUAGUCAAGGCAGUGUUCUUGUUGAUUAUUUCGUAGAGCUUGCCGAUUUAAAGGAAAAAAUUAAUACUCAACAAUUAAAAGUUAUUUUCCACGAUUCGUUAAGAACUUUUAGUUUCGAUAAUCCUAUGGAGGCUAGACCUAAAGGACCAAUGAAACUUGGAAAAUUCACUAUCGAUCCUAAAUCUACGGACUUUGUCGUGAUACCGAAAGUGGCUGCUCCUAAUAUGAUCCAAGAUGAAAAUAGGCUCAUUCCACAAUGGGCGAUUGCGGUCAUUGUUAUAGGCGUUGGUGGGCUCCUUUUCAUUAUAGUCUUCGGGGUUUCUGUUUUGGUGAAUCGACAACACGGUUCAAAACUUAAACCCUCAAUUACUGCCAUGUACGAGGAGGAAGUCUCUAAAAAUGUUAUUAGCCAUGCGACAACUUCGAGUAGACCAGUCAGCGAGUAUCAGAAAAACGAAAGCCAAACAAUGUGGAACGAUGCUGGUUGGCAGGAUAAACCCUUUGAGUCGACCUCUCACAAGAUUUUGGUCGAUGGAUUGCCGUAUGAAAGAAAAUAUAAUAUGUACGACAGUUGGAAAUCCGAAUGGAAUGGAUAUUAUUACCCUCCAACGCAUCAUAGUGGUUCAAAAUCAUCGCGUCAUCAUCCUGAUUAUGAUAUAAAUUUUUAAUAUUAUUAAUAAAAUUUUCUUGUAAUAA